AUGAUAGGAAAGUUCAUCUAUGAUCCUACUUAUGAUUCAAGAGGACCUGAAGAAGAGCCGCCAAUAGACAUGCAGAUAUGGAAGCCUGCCAAGUAUGAUGACAUCAAGAAGGUGGUGAAGCAGGCGUCCGAGGGCACACUAAAGGGCAUCCUGGGCUACACUGAGGACCAGGUUGUCUCCAGUGACUUCAACAGCAACUCCUACUCUUCCACCUUUGAUGCUGGGGCUGGCAUUGCUCUCAAUGACAACUUUGGAAAGCUCAUUUCCUGGUAUGACAAUGAAUAUGGCUACAGCAACAGGGUGGUGGACCUCAUGGCCUACAUGGCCUCCAAGGAGUAA